ACAGGCGUCCUGAGCAGGGAGGCGGGGCGAGCUGGGGCCCUUCAAGCUCGCUGGCCCUGGUUCUGCGCGGUCGUGGGGUGCGCCUUCGGCGCCGGGGCCUCCUGGGUCCUGAGAAGGCGCCGUGUGCAGGCACACAGCUCAAGCCUAGAGGGGACCCAGGGUGGGAGGCCAGGGCCAGGAGAGGGGCCGGCAGUGGGGGGUGCUGGCCGCUCAGCCGGGAGGGGGGGGGUACGUGGAGGAAAGUGGCAGCAGCAGCUGGGGCACCCAGGUCAUUCAGUGGAGUCCACCUUGGUCUCACUGGCCUGAGGCCCGCGGGUACUGUCUGGGCAGUGGCAGAGGCCAGUCUAGCAGAGCCUGACACUGCCUCCAUUGGCCAGAGGGGCCCAGGGAACCGUGGGAACACAGGUGGCCUUGGGGACCUUACCUCAGAGCCCAGAAGUGCAGACAAGCAGGCUGCUAACUGGACCUGAACAGCAUGAAGCGUUUGCUUAAAGACCUCCCAGGGGAGAAGCAGGGACCACAGCUGUCCCGAGAGCACAGGCCACCCUCUAACCUGCUCAGCCCGACCCCGGCCUGGGGCCAGCGCAGUGCCCAGAGCAGCAGUCAGCAGGGACUGCAGACUCAGGACUGGGUGUGCGAGCCACCGCCAAGCAGUCGCCGGAGCCGCCACUGGAGCCUCAGCAUCGACGAGCGCCGGGGCGCGGGGGUCUCCCUCCACUGCCAGGAAAUCAUGCAGAUUGUGGCCCAGCUGGUGUCUGAGGACGUGGACAAGGAUGUGCUCAUCCCCCACCCACCCAGAUCCUCCGAGUCCACCCACGCCUUCCAUGCCUUCCUGGCUCGGAGCUCACCUUUCUGGCAGAACGUGACCUUGGAGCCCUAGGCCUCGAGGUGCCGGCCCCCCUAAGAGCCCAUUCCGCUGAUGUAUGUGUUGCAGAGCCUUUCCUGGGGGUUCUGGGGGAGACUGCCACAGGUCGGGGUCACUCUGGGCUGUUUCACAUCCACUCGGGAAGCGUGACCAGCCCAGGGAUGAGCAAACCGGUCCAAGGGCACCACUGGCUGCCCCCUGCACAGCAUGCACUCUGAGGCCUUGGGGGCCACUUCCAGGAUGGGGGUGUUGCCCCAGCCCAGCCAAGAGGCACCUGGAGGGGCCUGGAAGACAGGGCAGGGCGGGGCUAUGCCAGGAGAGGCUGCACACAGCUGCCGAGGGUCAGCAUCCUGGGGACAGGCAGCUGCGGGCAGCCUAGGAGGGCCAAGUUCAUGACCAGCUCUUUUGCUGGCCUGUGCAAAGGCGUCUGGGCUGGAGAGCGUGGCCACCUUGAGGAAUUGGGUGCCGACCUGCACGGGGCAGCGAGGGGGUUGAGACCAGCAGGCCUCCAGGAGACCGGGGUUUUGAUGUCAUGGACUGUCAGGUACUGGUGCCUGUCCAGCCCUACGGUGCUGGUCUCACAUUGGGCCCUGACUCCGGGAGGCCCACAAUGGCACACAUAACCCAAGGGCGACACUGUAAUGGGGAGCAGCCCAGGGGCUGCAGGGGGUAGGGGGGCGCUGAACACAGGGAUGGCUUCGUGGAGGAGGCGGUGCCUCCCCACCCCUGCACAGUGAGCUUGUUGGUGGACCAGCCAAGAAGGCAGUGUGGGCAGAGGUCUGGGGGAGCUGCGAGGAGCUGGCCCUUGGGCCCGCUGUGCUGGGGCGGGGCAGGUGGGAGGCUUCUGAGCUGGGAGUAUUGAGGCAGGGCUGCGUUUUGGGGAGACCAAGCUGGAUGCGGGGUGGAAGUAGGAGGGGAAGAAGGAGGUUGGUGGUUGUAGGCUCCUCGCUCUCCUGGAUGGAAGGACAGUGGCAGGGUGGGCGCUAUCCCCUGGACUCGGUGACCGACUGUCAGGCUGACUGCGCUCGAGCGGGGCUGGCGAGGAGGAAGGGGCUUUGGGCAAGGUGAGCCAGGCAGCCCCAGACCGGGCUGAGGCAGUGCUGCCCUGGCCUCACGCCCCCGCCCGCUGCCUGGGUGCUCGGUGCCUCCUGCCCGCCCACCCCACCUUCCUGCAAGACUCAGGAAGCCUUUCCAGGUCACACAGCCGGGUGCCCUCAUUCUCUCUGGGGUCCCCUGAAAGUUAUUUUGAUUCAGGCCUGUGCAUUUUUCAGCCUCCCUAGAGUGGGUGGAAGGCCAGAGACAGUAGGGUGGUGGGCGGACAGGGAAAGGUUAGGCAGGGCUUUGGAGGGUCUCAGGACCCCCUCUCCCCCCGCCAGACCGCUGAUGACGAAGUGGGGGACUGGUGUCUGGGACCGCCCCUGCCCAGGCCAGCCGCAUGCUGGGCGGGAAGAUGCCCCUGCCCCGCACUCACAGCGUCAGCGGCUACGACAGAGGCGGCAACUGCCGAGCGGCCUCAUGGACUCCGCGGCAGUCGCCCGAGGUCCGGGGUUCGCCGAUCGCCCUGCCAGGGUGCUGGGACGGCCAGCCCUCCGCCCUCCGCCCUCCGCGUGGCCUCAGCCACUCCUCUGCACGAGGGGCUGACACUCCUCCCGGAAGCCCGUCGACUGCGUCCCACCCUCAGCAGCUGGGUUAGGGUCAGCUUUCACAUUUUUAGAGACCUCGGGUUCUAGGUUUGAAAACGUUUUCCUGUGCCUGCUCGUCCGGGGGGACGGGGCCCGGGAGGCGGGGAGGCUCUGCGCGGGGCCCGUCCGGCCCGCCUUCCGCCCUGACUGAUGCUGGGUGGGUCGUGCCCUGGGCUCCCGGGGCCACGGCCUGAGCCUCGUGCACCGCUUUUGGUGCUGACCCCUCUGAACCACCAGUGUUCCUCACCAGACCGCGUAGCUGUCCCGUGUCAUUCAUCACCUUCCCUCGGCCACCAGGGCAGAGUUUAGUCGCCCCGCCCCGCCCUUCGAUGGCGGAGCCGGUCGUGGAUGAACGAGUAAACCGCUUUCGUUGCUGACGUCCCCUGCAGCCUCUCCCGUGUCACCGUUCUGCCAUCCGCCCUGCCUGACGUACUCUGGCACCUGUGGGACUCCGCACGCACGUCCCUGGCUGCUGGGUCUCGCUCCCGGCAGACUCUCAGUAGCCCUUGGGCUUCUCGUUCCGAACUCAGGCCCUGGGGACGCUCCCAGCUCCUGCUCCCUGUGCUGUGGCCCUUGUGGAGAGCCCAGCCCCCCCGGCCCUCCGGCCCCUCGUGUUUCCUGCUGCUGCUGAGUCGUGGACGUGGUCGGCCGCCUUCAUGUGUCAUUCCUGUUCUGACAAGAAUCUCUUCACUCUGCUACCAAAUGGGCAAAUUUGUCUCUCUUGCAGCAUAUCCAAGAUAUGUCGUCUUGGCUCCGAGCUGGUUUACGGGCACGGCCUGUCUACAACCAACUUCUUCCGUCUGGAGGGGGGAGGCCAGGUCCAGAAGCCGGUUUGCGGUGUCUCCUGAGACUUCAUUAAAUGUCACUGCUUUGUGA